CCGGCGCGGCUCCUCCCGGCCGCCAUGGCCGCGCCCGCCGCGGGGACCGAGCUGCCCGUGCCCGAAUCAGGUGCUGUUUUCACAUUCGGGAAAAGCAAAUUUGCAGAAGAUAUUCCUAGCAAGUUCUGGUUCAAAAAUGACAAGCCUGUACUUAUAUCCUGUGGAGAUGAACAUACAGCUAUUAUUACAGGAAAAGGCAAACUAUAUAUGUUCGGCAGUAAUGACUGGGGCCAGUUAGGCCUAGGAUCAAAGAACACUGUCAGCAAACCAACAUGUGUAAAAGCUUUAAAACCAGAAAAACCAAAACUUGCUGUUUGUGGAAGAAACCACACUUUAGUUUACACAGAAAAAGGAAAUGUCUAUGCUACUGGAGGAAACAGUGAAGGUCAGUUGGGAUUAGGUGACACAGAGGAAAGGACCACGUUUCAUUUAAUUAGUUUUUUUACCAACCAGCACAAGAUCAAGCAACUAUCAGCUGGGUCAUACACCUCAGCAGCAGUAACUGAGGAUGGGCAGCUCUUUGUGUGGGGUGAUAAUUCAGAAGGUCAGAUUGGCCUGGCCAGUGAAGCUUCUGCCAGUGUCCCCUGUAAAGUGGAUAUUGGAAAACCUGUUUCCUUUGUAUCCUGUGGAUAUUAUCAUUCUGCCUUGAUUACAGGAGAUGGUGAGCUCUAUACUUUUGGAGAACCUCUGAAUGGGAAACUGGGAUUAUUCCCUGAACAGCUAAAGAACAAUAGGGUCCCACAGCCUGUACUGGGAAUUAUGGAAAAGGUUAAAAAGGUUGCUUGUGGUGGAGAACACACUGUGGUGCUGACAGAGAAAGCAGUUUAUACUUUUGGACUUGGACAAUAUGGGCAGCUGGGACAUGGAACUUUUGUGUUUGAAAGUUCAGUACCGAAGCCUGUGAAACACUUGAAGAGGCAUAAAAUAUGUAACAUUGCAUGUGGGGAAAAUCACUCUGCUGUGAUAGCAGAGAAUGGCCUCAUGUUUACUUUUGGAGAUGGACGACAUGGCAAGUUAGGAUUUGGAGAAGAGAGUUUUACAAAUCUGUUUGAUCCCACUCUGUGUUACAAUUUCCUGAAGUUCACAGUCCUUUUGGUUGCUUGUGGUGGUUGUCACAUGCUGGUUUUUGCUGCUCCAAGACCUAAAGGAUCUGAGGUACUCUUGGAAGAUUUGUAUGAGCCUCGUUUGACUGCUACUAUCCCUCAAAUGGGUGGGGACUUUGUACUAGCAAACACUUUGCAGUUAUCAGCCGCACGAAUGCGACGCCGAGAGAGGGAAAGGUCACCAGAGCAGUUUGUUCGGAUGGCACAAACUCUGCCUCCAAUGGGGGAAGGAUUCUUAAAAUCUUCAUUGCCUGUGACAAGCAAAACCAGCCCAUUCUGGUUUUCUGCAACAAGUCAUCCUAAAGCUGAAUCUGGGAGGGAUGGAGACCAUGAAAAAGAAAAUAAUCAUCAAAAAGAUAAACCUGGUGACAUCUCUUCAGAACAAGAUUCAGAUAAUGAAAAUAUUGACAGAAACCUUGGGGAUACAACUGACAUCCUAAAUAUGACACAUGCAAUGAAGUUGAAUCCUGGUGACUGGUCCUUAAAAUUAUCACCACUCCAAAAACAGAAGAAGAACAAUAAAAAUGUGAAACUGAAAAGAGAUGGUAAGGGUGGGCUGAAAAACAAGGAUUCUGAUUUCACAAAGGAGGGCUCAAAAUUAGAGUCUGGCUCUUUACAAAAGCAGUCCUCACUUUCAGAGUCACCUGGGCAAGAUUUAGAAAAGAGGAGUGCCUUUGUAGGGAAGCCUGUGGCCAAAAAAAGUAUAAAGAAAGGUAAAUCUGAGCAUGCACAAAGUGAUACUACUUUGAAAAGUGAUGCUCAAGAAAUUACUGGGGGCAAAAGCGUAUUAGUGAGAAGGGAGAAAGAAUAUGUUGAAAAUCCUGAUUUUUUUAGAGACGAUUCAACUUACAAUCUUCCCACUGAAAAUCAAAUUCUGUCAGAAAAAAUAAAUUCUUCCAAUAAAAAGCCAAAAGCUGUUAAGCCUAAGCAAGCCCUUAAAAUAGAGGUACUUCCUUCUGCUCCCAGGGAUCAGCCCCAGACUGAUUCAUUAACUGUGCAAGAAUACAAUUCUGUUAAAAAGCAAGGGAGUCAUAAAACAACAGAAAGCCAAAACAAAAUAAAGGAUGGUGUUGAAAAAUCUGACAAGUGUGAAAGCAUAAGUGUCACAGGACAAGAAAGUAGCGCAGAACAGAAGGAGCUUAAAAAAAAGCAUCAGUUUUUGAAACAAGUAUCUGUAACUUCAUCAUCAUCUUCAACUGAGGAAAGCACUAAUGAUCUCCAGAAAUAUAUACUUAAGGAAGAGGUCCACUAUGAACACAGAGUUGUCCAGAGGGCAAGGAGAACAGUGACAUAUCUUGACUUAGAAAAAGGCAGUGAGAUUGAGGAGAUGCAAGCUACAAAUAAUGAGAAAGAAUGUAUAGAACAGACUGAUUUAAAAAGCCUGGAUGAGGAAGAAACAAGCUCUGAUGCUCAAUCUGAUGUAGACAGGCCAUUAGAAAUUAAGAAUGAGGAGGAAUCUGAUGAGGAGCAGGAGAAUGAGGGCAGUGAAAAGGGUGAAAGUGAAAAAGAAAAACUGGAUGAAACAAUUGACAGUGAAGGUAAACUAGGGGAAGAAGAAGAAGAGAGUGAGGUUGAAAAAGACAGAGAUGAAGUUUCAGUAGAAAAAGAUAUAGAGGGAAAAGAUAAUGAAGAAGAAACUGAAAAAGAAUCACAGGCUGAUAGAGACAGUGGGAAUGAGGGUGCAGAGGAGCCUGAGGAGGUCAGCCAGCAAGAUGGCAAAGAUCAAGGAGAUGAGCAAGGCAGGUUGAUGGAGGAAGAAGAAAUGGUGAGUGAGGGAGAAAAGGAGGGUAUGGAGGAGAAGUAUGAGAAAGAGGAAAGCACUGAAAAAGAGAAAGAGCAGGUUAAAAGUGAGGGAAGAGAUGAGAAUGAGGAAGGAGGGGAAGAUACAGAGGAAAAGGAAGAAAAAGAGCUAGAGGCAGAAGAGGAAGGAGAAGAUGAGAAGGAAGAUGAAGAAAAAAAAGGAAGGGAGAAUGAAAAAGACAAAGAGGGUGAAGAGGAGGAGUUGGAAGAAUCAUUGGCAGGGAGGGAAGAAGAAGAACAGGAUGAGGAGGAUGCAAAUACAAAAACUAAAGAAGUGGGUGAGGAUGGAAUGGAAGAAGGAAAAGAUGGGGAGGGUGAAGUGGAAGUGGAAAGAGAAGAUGAGAAAGAGGAAGGAACAGAGGCAGAAGCAGAAGGGGAGGAGGGGGAAGAAGAUGAAAAGGAAGAAGACGAGGGGGGAAAUGAAGAGAAAGGGGAAGAAGAGGAAGAUGAGGAGGAAGAAGAAGGAGUGGAAGGAGUGGAAGCUGAGGGACAUGAAGAAACAGGAGAGGAAGAAGGAGUGGAAGCAGAGGGAGAUGAGGAAACAGGAGGAGAAGAAGAAGAAGAAGAAGAAGAGGUAGAGGAGGAAGAAGAGGUAGAGGAGGGAGAAGAAGGAUGGCAGGAAGAAGAAGGACAAGGGGAAGAGAGGGAGGAAGAAAAGGAAGAAGAGGGUGAAGAGGAAGAAGAAGAAGAAGAAGAGGAAGAGGAAGAGGAAGAGGAAGAGGAGGAGGAAGAAGAGGAGGAGGAAGAAGAGGAGGAAGAAGAAGAGGAGGAAGAAGAAAAAGGGGAAGAGGGCAAGGAGGAAGAAGAAGGGGAAGAGGGAGAGAGGGGAGAUGAAAAAGAGGAAGAGGGUGAGGAGGAAGAAGAAGAAGGGGGAGGAGGAGAGGGAGAGGGGGGAGAAGGUGAAGAGGAAGAGGAGGAAGAAGGAGAUGAGGAGGAAGGGGAUGUAGGAGAGGAGGAAGAAGGUGAGGGUGAGGAGGAAGAAGCAGAGGAAGAGGAAAAAGUAAAAGAUAAAAGGAAAAAUUAUAGUAGGAAACUUCCAGAAAAGAAGAGCAAGCCCAGGAAGUCAGAAAAGACAGAAAGUUCUGCUUUACCUAAGAGCUCUAAACAAAACAUGAAAUCCAAAAAGCAUGUAGCAAAUGGUUUACAUAAUUCAGAGCAAUUUUGGAACAAUGUGCUACCUCAUUAUCUAACACUAAAGUAGCAUAGACUACUGGACAUACAUUCCAAGCCUAUUCAGGAAACAAAUUGAUUUUGGUUACCUAAGUGAAACUUUUCAGGGAAUCAAAGCAUACUAUUAUGCAUAUAAUGUAAGUGCCAAUUUCUUGAAAAAGACUGAAGAAAAUGUUUAUAUUUAGGAUACUUUUGUGAGAGAAAUCACAUGUUAUUGAUACAAUCAUUUUCAAAAUCAUGUUUAUCAUGUAUGAUAUGUAAAGAAAAUUAAUUGCUGAGGAGGUGAACUGUGUUUGCCUCUUAAUCAGUGUAAUCAUUGCCUUUGAAUCAGCAAUACACCAAUUUUAGCUGCAGGGCAGUUUACUUGAUAAUGUGCCUUAAAGGAAAAGAGUUUCAGUAAACUAGGAAAUGUACCUAUUUUAAAAUUUUGGUAUCACUACAUAAUUUAUUCCCCCUACUUUUUAUCUGUUCAUACAUUGGUAAAAUGUUUAUGUACUGAAAUUAAAGAAAGGACAAGUUGCCAAAUUUACACAGGUCAGCGAAUGGGAGGUAAAUUAAAAUGCAGGCCUGGGUAAGUGGUGGUCUAGGACUUUUCAAGGGCCUUAAGGCUGACUUCUUAUUUUGGUGUCAGCACACAACUCAGUGCAAAAAACCACACACAGAUCUCAGAAUCUGGCUUAGAUUACAUUAGAGUUCAGGGAUAUUUUUUUAAUAGCACACUUGGUGAUUAGAUAGAACUAAGAAUUUGAAAUAUACACCUCUAAAACAUUUUAAAAAUUUGUUUAUACUGUGCAAUGCACCAAAGAUUCUAUAUCUGCCUAUAAAAGACUACAUCACAUUAGUCCUCUAACUGUGAAGUACUCCAGGAGGGGGAAUAUAUGUUGUUGCUGUGUGAAACACAUAUGUUUUCAGGAUCAGAGCCAAACCUUUUCCUCAUUGGAGGAGAUUUAUGGUUUUCUCACCUAAAAACAUCCUAUCUGUAAUCUCCAAAAAGAGGUAAACCAACAAGCCAGAUGUAAUAGUAAAGAAAGUGGCAAGAAAGUGUGAAUUAAUUUUUUUUCAAAAAGACAAAGGUAAUAUUUUUAGAAUUUCCUUAUAAUACGCAAACAAAUCUUGCUAAUUAUUUUAUUAUGAUAUUGCAUCACUCUUUCAACCAUCAGGGACUGAACUGGCAAAUGAAGAGAUAGGGACUCAUCAUGCAGAAUUGUUACUUGAAUGUUAUGCCAAUGGGUGGUCUGAGAAAUUUUUGUAAACAGAUCUCAGUAUUUACAUUCUCUAGAAAGGUAGUUAUUUAAAGCUUCUUGAAAAUGAGGAGAGAAGAAGAGAGGAAUCAAAAUAAGUAAAUGUCAUGCAAUAAAAAUGUGAAUGGAAUCAAUACAUGUUUUGAGCUUAUGAAACAUUUUAAUAUUGUUUUGUAAGAUACUGGCAUUAAACAAUCUUUGACACAAUGUCUCCAGAAUUUAUUUUCUAAGAAGCCUGUAGUAGAUCAGUAGUUUGUCAGUAAAUCCUAGUCCAGAUCCAACCUUUCUGCCUCACUCACCCCUCCCUAUACUGCAUUUGAAGGUAACAUCACUUCAGUCACAUGCUGUGCCUAACUACAGCAAAAAGUUACCCCAGUGACCGUAUUCUGUCCCUGGGAAAUUUGUUUCCAACUUUGGAAUUUGGUGGAACACAUUGUCUUAAUAUCAACAUGUGUCUUUGGAGCAGGGUAAGUAUCUGCAUAUUGUUAGAGAAUAUUUUAUCAGUUAAAUGCCCUUCCCAAGAAACCAGCUCUGUCUAACAAUGGAGUAAUUGGAUAUUUUACCAUUGUGCGGUGUUACCACUGAGCUCCUCUGAAAACACUUCCCUUUGAAUCUAAGUAGAGCUGUGAUGUGUUAUUUUAUCUUUCUUAGGAAAGAUUAGGGUGUUACUCUGAUUAAACUUAGAGUAGUGCUGAAAAGUAUUUUUAUAGGCCUACAACUGGGUUUCUUGGAUAUGACAUCUACUUUGUGGUUUUAGAAAUCAUCACUGGGAGAAAACUGGGCUGUGAAAAAUGAAAUAACCCUGUUAUUUCUAGUGAAAAAGAGUUCCUAGAGAGAGGAAGAAUGAAAAAAAGAGAGCAUUUUAAAGCAACUGAUUUCCAAUUCCACAUAGGAAUGACCCUUCAUUUACUGUUUGGUUGUAGCAUUUAAUAUAAAUUCUUAGGCAAAUGAGGACUAUUUGUUGUUUCUCUCUUAACAUGUGCUGAUAGCAGAAAGCUUUCCAAGAGAGUGAAGGAAGCCAACUUAUGGGCAUCUCCUCUUCUUUGUUUUGUCUGGAUGAAAAUUCAUUGAUUUGAGAACUGAUUUUAUGUAGUUUGUGGCUCAUUCCUGUGGUAGGGGAAAAGCAGAGCCUUACUCCAGCACUUCUAAGGGUUUUCCAGAGACUCCUUACAUAAAUUGUGCUCUGUGCCAGCAUUUCUGGGCUUUGAGGGGACUUUGGAACUCCAUUAGCAUAACGGGUGGAAUUUUAUUUAGUUUGACUCAUUCUGGUUUAUAAAGUUUGCUACUUGUGGUUUUGUGAAAAUUCAGUAUAUCCUUGGCAUUCAUUGUGGCAUACAAAGAGAUUUAUAUGCAGUACUGAAGAAACAUGGCAGAAAUAGUCCUGAGUUAGUUUUUAAGAGAGAAAAAAAAUCCUGCAUUAGAAAGAGAAAACAACAGACAAUUGCCAGACGAAAGAUCUAUCCAUCUUUUUUCCACCAGUGGCUAUUGGUCAGUGCCUGGGAACAAAAAUAAUUAGAAUUUAGAGUAGCACAAACAUGUAGUGUUACUUCACCCCUGUAAUCAUUCAGUAUAAUGAAUAUAUUCAACAUUUUCAAUAAUUUGUGAUUCAGUAGAUAUAUGUAUUACAUUUAAUACCCAUUUUGUUCACAUGAAUUUCUUUCAAUCAAUUU